UAUUGCUGAGAGCAUAUAUAGAUAUUUGCUUAGAAAUGGUAAUCUCAUACUUGCUCUUGUUUCUGGCUUUCAACAUAGUCGACGUUGGAGAAGGCCAAAAUGUGUGCGCUAAUGAAUCACGGUGUGGAGGCCAUGGCCCAGCCAUCCGAUUUCCUUUCCAACUUAACACCCAGCCAAAUGACUCUGGGUAUCCUGGGUUUACUCUCUCCUGCAUUGAUAGAAAACAUACGGUUCUCGAGCUGCCCAUUUCAGUGAAGCUUUUUGUCAAACAUAUUGACUACAAAUCUCAGGUAAUUCAAUUGUAUGAUCCAGAUAAUUGCUUUCCAAGCCAGCUUCGGUGGCUCAAUUUGUCUUCCUCUCCUUUCCGAUUCAAAGUAGAAGACCCUCAUAAUUAUGGCCAACAAGACCCUGAUUAUGGCCUUUAUGAAUAUGCCUUAUUCAAUUGUUCCUCGAGAUCAAAAGAUAUGGAUUACCAAUAUGAUCUGAUCUCUUGUCUUAGCGACCAUACCUACCAAGUUUACCCUGCGACUGACAUCACGGCGUCCCUCGUAUCUUGUACAAAGAUGUAUAAUCUUGUAUCAAUUCCAGAUGGUAUAAUACUCCAUCAUGAUAAAUAUGUCCAAUUCGAGUGGUUCACUCCAGAUUACAGAUACUGUGAAAUGAUCAAAGGCAAGAGAUGUGUGAGGAGUAAUAGUAAUGGAUCAGAAACUCCUCAGUGCAUUUCUAUUUCUACACAUACUCAUGGUACAUUAUCAAAGUCAGCCAUUGUUGGUGUCAUCUUAGGGUCAUUUCUACUGCCAUGUGUCUUUGGUCUCUACUGUUUUUAUUCUUAUGAUAAAGUAGAAAAAGAACAUCAAGCGAAGGUUGAAAAGUUUUUGGAGGAUUACAUAAAUUUCAGGCCUACAAGAUACUCAUACGCCGAUAUUAAAAGGAUUACAAAUCAAUUUAGUGAGAAGUUAGGCGAAGGAGCAUAUGGAACAGUAUUCAAAGGAAAGCUUUCCAAUGAAAUUCAUGUUGCAGUGAAGAUCCUUAACUCUUCUAUGGGAAAUGGAGAAGAAUUCAUAAAUGAAGUAGGAACAAUGGGUACGAUCCAUCAUGUUAACGUGGUUCGCUUGGUUGGGUUUUGCGCUGAUGGAUUUAGACGUGCUCUAGUUUGUGAGUUCUUACCAAAUGAUUCUCUAGAGAAGUACAUAUCUUCAACAGCCACCAAGAACCGUAUCCUUAAUUGGGAUAAGUUGCAAGAUAUUACUAUUGGCGUAGCAAAAGGAAUUGAAUAUCUUCACCAAGGGUGCAACCAACGAAUCCUCCAUUUUG